AGGUAGAGCACCACCUAAGUGUCUGUUCCCACCCACCACAACCACAUCUGCCCCCCACAAACACCACGGGAGUCAGAAGCCUGUUCCCCUCCAGGACCUGCAGCGCUGGGAUCCUCAGAAUCCCUCAGACAGGAUGGGUCUCCUGCUCCUACUCACCUCCUUGCUCCUGUCCAGCUACUUCCCUGCUGAGAGAGUGGUGAACGCACAGCGAUUAUUUACAAUACAAGACAUCACCCUGUCUAUCGAGCCCAGCACUGAUGUGCCCAGGGAUACUAAUGUGACUCUGAGGUGUCAGGCAGUCAUCAGCAGCACGGGGGAGGAAGCUCUGAGUCGCGAGUACACCAUUUUCAAAGACGGAAACAUAAUCCUCACCAAAACCAAGAGCAGCUCCGAAGAUCUCCUUCACCCACUGCCACAAGCCAGAGUGUCCAACAGUGGCAAAUACAAGUGCAGGGUCAGCAUUGACGGCAAACAGCGCCUCAGUGGCUCCAAGAAACUCACCGUCACAGGCCUGUCGAGACCUGUGCUCCAACUGAACAACUAUGCAGUCAGUGAAGGGGAAGAGAUAACAGCCAAGUGUACAGCUCCUGGUGAGACAGGAUCCAUUUUCUUUUACUUCUUUGAAGACUCUAAAGAGAUUCUGGAGAGACAGACCAACUCCAAUCAGGUAGAGGCCAAGCUUCGCCUCAGCAAUGUUGGCAUCCACAAAAUUCACUGUGAGUACACCGUCCUCGUAACGCCGGCAUCUUUCAAUUCUGAGGCAAGCGACAGCGCCACAGUUUCAGUCAAAGAACUUUCCAUCUUACCAAUUUUGGAGAUUUUCCCUCUGAACAAAAUCUACGAAGGAGACCAACUCACAAUCAAAUGUUCAAUCGCAGACUUACGGUAUAAUACUGGAAACAUUCCUCUGUACCUGAGCCAGGGGACCAAGCUGCUCAAAAUGGGAAACUCCCAGGUCAAUCACAGCAUGAUUGCAAUGGCAAAAGAUCCCAGGGAGUUUGAGUGUAGAUUAGAGAUGGGAAAUGUGGUAAAAGUGGCCAACAAGACCAUUUCAAUGACUGAGCUGUUUUCGGUGCCCACUCUCAUCAUGUCUCCUGCUGAAGUCUUUCAAAGGGAAUAUAUGAUUCUGACCUGCCGGAGUGAGAACUAUGCUUCAGAACGACUCAGCAAAGAAGAGUUGACUUAUUCUCUUGAUCCACCUGAAAGCCCCCUGACCCCAAGGGGUAUUGGAGUGUUUUAUGGCAGGGCCCUUCUGUACGACUACAACUACACCUGUGUGGCUCAAGCAAAGGGCAUCAAGAAAAACAGUAAAACCCUGACUGUACGUCCCAAAGUUGCUGUCUCCACUCCAAAGAUCUCUGUGCGCGGUCGGGCAGUCCUACAUCGACCCUUCAAAAUCCUCUGUCAGUCAGAUUUUGGCAGCCUACCCAUAAACUACACCCUGAUGAAGGAUUACACCAAUAUAAGCACAUUCAGUGUCAAGCUGCCCGGUGAAGAAGCUAUCUUCCCUGUCACCAUCAGCCACCCUGCAGAAAUAAGCAAGUUCAUGUGUGAGGCAAAGAACAGUCCAAAGGGAGCCCCCCUCAGUAAAAGACUCAACGCUUCAGUCGUAGUGCCUCUGACACACCCAACUUUGACCGUCAUCCCCAAUAAAGCAGAAAUCUCUGAAGGAGAUCAUCUGUACCUCAUUUGUGGAGUAGAAGGCACACCGCCGGUCACCUUUACGUGGUAUCGAGUUGGCGAUGAACUGCCGCUGAACUCCACAAUCUCCAACAAGAACCACACCAACUACCAGGUCCCCUUGCUGACCAAAGAUCAUGGUGGCAGUUACUACUGUGAGGCUUUCAACUAUGCCAACAGUGUUCGCAGUGACCCGGUCAUCAUAGAGGUGCGUAUGGCGUUGUGGAAGAAAGUCGUGAUCGGGGGUGUCUGUCUGCUGGUGGUGUCGGUGCUGGUGGUGGUGGUGGUGUUGGUGCUGUGCUUCAGAUCCAAGAGAGGUAAAAGAGAAGCAGCUUCUGAAUUGUCAGUAAAGCCUUCGAUCCCUAAAUCAGAUGACUCUUUAACAGUGAAUCUAACCCACGACACAGAGGUUUAUAACACAGACACAGACGCAGCGCCACUCUAUAAUGGCACAGAGGGGAGAGUGGCCAAUGGGGCGCGAGAUAGCGCGGCAUCACUUCCCGCUGACAUCAGCAACAGGAGCAGCUACAGUACCCCAGCCACAGUGUAGAGAUGCUCGAGAGUGGGCAGGACUUAAAUCCAGUUUUUAGAUGACCCUUUCAAAAGACUUGAAAGCAUUUAUGCAAAGUUUUAAAGGAUUUUUUUGAAGCUUUUGAAGGAUUUGAACCUUUUUUCACUUGUGACUUGCAUCAGUGAAAAGGAGGGGUGUGUAACAAGACAACUAUCCACCUGCACCCACUGCUCCCUCUCCCCUCCUCUAGAUGGCCUUUGGUUUUAUACUCAACCAUAACUGUCUCUGUCCUAUUUUUGUCCUUUGUUUCUUCAUCCUUCUCUACCUGAUCUCAUGUCCUUUAAUGUUGCAUCUGCUCUGCGAUGAAUGUUUAAACUGGCUUGGUGACAGAUUUGUUGUAUGUACAUUUUAUUAUUACAGGAAAUGUGUGUAUAUAUUUUUGGUUGAUCUGUGGCUACUUAAAGAGGCACUUGUAGAAUAAAGACAUUGGAUUUAUUUAGA